AUGCAGGAGCAUAUCCGUCGCGCGCAUCCCGAACACUACAUUUCGAAGCUUCCGGCUACAGAAGAAAGCUUUCUGCUCAUGAUCAACACACCACCGAGCGAACGCCUGCCGAGUCAACAGAAUGCGGGGCCCGCUCAUGGCGGCAUGUCAGGCAGUAGUCCCGGAAACUUCAAUCCCGGCUUGAAUGGCCCGCCAGUCCACAACUCCAUGGGCCAUGGGACCAUCCACCAGAACCAGAACAAGCCGUACCUGCACGACAUCAAGCAUGGCGCCCCGGGCAUCCCAAGAAGUACCGACGAAUUCGUUGCCGGGUCUGCGCUGCCGGCCGCAAGUGCGGCCGCAGCUCUCGCGCAACUUCACAACCACAAACUUGAUCGCGAUUGGGACGAAGGGCGUGAGCUACUGCCCUCCAUUCUGUCCGGUUCGCCGCCUGGUCGCUCGUCGACACUUCCUCCGCUGCAGCGUCCCCUGGGACCCUCGCGGCCAAGGAAGCAGUCCAUCACCAAGCGGACGCGUGAGACCCACCAUAAGAAGCAAAGAUCUCGGGGCUCCGCAUCAGACUGGCUGCGUCGUAUUCAGAAUGAGUCGGCCGUCGAUAGGCUACGUCCCGGUGGGCCUCUGAAGGCAAUGUCGGCUGAGCCAUCUGAUUUUGGGAAGCGGUGGGAAGACCUGAUCGAUGCUGCGGCUUCCGCAACCGAGGACAUUGACGACGAGCGUACUCCCGUGCCGCAGUCGCCGAUUUCCAUCCACCGCGCUUCCUUGCCGCCUUUCCCACAUCAGGCGUUCCAGCACCACCAGCAGGCCCAGGGUGGCUAUCAAGCAUCACCGCUGCAACAGGCGCUGACACCGCCGUCAUACGCGCAAGAGAUGCCCGAGCCAUUCCCCUCUGUCGAGAGCAAUGAGAGUGGCGAUGUUUUCAACAUGGAAUCCCGUGGCCUGUCCGACUCAUCUCCCAGCUACUCUUCGCAGAACCCGCAGAUCUACUGUGCGGCGUGUGGCAACAUCUCCCAGCUCCGGGAAUCGUAUGCGUGUACCGAAUGCAUAUGUGGUCUCUGCCAGGCCUGUGUCGAGGUCUUGAUGGGAGAGCAAGGCGCCAGCAGGAAAUGCCCGCGCUGUCACACGAUCGGUGGCCGCUUCAAGCCUUUCCAGCUGGAUAUCCGGUGA